AAAUGAUAAAUUACUCUAUGAAGAAGAGCAAGACCAACAAAAAGUUAUUUGUAUGCCUUAAUUGCACUAUUAAGGGACAUAAAGAAGGGAAUGCUAAUACUAACUACAUAAUUAAGGAUGAUCUUUUUGAACCACACCUAGAUCACGAAAUCAUUAUUUUACUGCCAGCGAGGAUAAAAUAAAGCAGAAGUAGUAGACACAGAGACCAAGAAAAGUACGGAGCAGAACAGCAAAACUUCAGAGGUUCCUAUUAUGACGUCCGAGUUAGCCCUAAGCAAAGUGAAUAAUAUCAGAAAGGAGCUUGAUCAGUUUGAGAGGUAUUUUGGUGCUCCAAGUCUUACUGAGAGUGCAGCCCAGGAUAGUAUGCCUCCGAAGUGUCCUCGAGUCACAUUUGGGAAAAUUAAGGAUACUUCAGUGCUUCAUUCAACUCAAAUACAAAGUUCUUCACCUAUUAAAGUCGCUGGGAAGAGCAAGUCUGACCCUAUUGAGCUGGACGAGAGCCAAAGCGACGAUUUGGCAUCGAGAGAGGAAGAGAAGGAAAUCGAACUUGGAGACAAGUCUCAGCAAUUAUCUGAUGAAAAUGGAGGGAAUCUUCCUAGCUGCAAAGACUCUGAAAUCUCCUUAGUUAUUAGUAAGGAAAAGCACCCUCUAAAGAAAUCUGAAGGCAAAAGGAAGAGACUUAAUGAAGACUUGAAAGACUGAUUUGAGCAAGCUGACCCUCUUAACGACUCUGAACUUAGCUUUAUCUUGCAGGAAAAUCGUGAAAAGGACAUCUACAAGAAGAGAAAGAAUAAGGAAUUUGACAAGUGAUCCCACAUCGUUGAUGAAAUCCCUACUAUUUCGAGGGGAGACAUCAAGACCUGCAGUGAAAUCAAGAACAGUGACAUGAUCUCUAUAGGCCAAGAUAAGAAUUUGAUCUCCCUCAAUAUCAAGUACUUUGAAGAUCAUAAGACCUUUUAUGGCGAGGAGAAGGAAAUUGAGACUAAGUUUGAAGUCCUACCGAAGUCUACUAUUGUGAUCCUGGCUAAAGGUGUCAACCCUGGGAUGUAUAUUCUCCAUGCAGGAAAGCCCUGAAACCAGCAUUUUUACUUAAACACAGAUAAGCAUAAGACAUAUUUUUCAAGCUACUGCUGGGAACAACUUGAAUUCAAGAAAGGCUGCCUCCGGUAUGCUUCGGCAGCCUAUGACAACAAGAACAGCAUUUAUGUAACAGGAGGGUCAUCAGUCCAGUCAACUGCGGAAUGAUAUGUCUUCAAUACUUCAACUCAAAAGGUGACAGAUAUAAAAUCAAUGAAUGAGGCUAGAGACACCCACUCCUCAUACCUAUGCGAGCGGGAAAACUAUCUGUAUAUUUUUGGCGGGUUCAGCUCUACUAAGAAUAUACUUGUCCAAUCAAUCGAGAGAAUGAAUCUCUCUGCAGAUGAAAAGACAUGGGAGCUGAUCAAGAUGGAGAAGAAUUCAGAGAUGCUCCUUUGCUCAAGCUUGUCAUUUAGACCUAAUUAUACGACUGAAGGAAAUACUUUCAUCCUUCUUGGAGGCGAGAUUGGUAGUGAAUCAUUGUCCUACAGGUCAGUCAUCGAGAUUGAGAUUGUGGAGAAGGAUGACGAAAUGAUCGCCCAUACUAAUAGAUCAACCUUCUGGAUGGAUAAUGAAGAUAAGUUCAACAAUCGAGUUUGAAUGCCAAAGCUGUAUUAUGAGCAUAAUGCAUUUUCAAAUCAAAAAGAAAUAGAUAAAGAAGGAGUAUCAUCUUCCUUGACAACAAAGCUCUCUAGCCCUUUCCAACAGAACAUCUCUUUUGUAGUCUCAGGGACCAACUCGCUUUACCAGAUCUGAUCCAAAGAUUGUACAGAUUCUUUAACUAGUAAAAACAGCUCUUCACACUAAGUAAUUUGGAUAGGGUAUCUUUAGCUUUCAGAUUGACUUUUGCUUCAGGGGUA